GGAGAAACAUCCUCCUGUAUUAUAUAAACUAACUACAGCACAAGACUCGCUCAAAACAAUGAGCUUCGCCCCUAUGAAACAAAAAUACAAGCCUCUAAUUUUUAAGUUUGACCAAGAUUAGUGCACAAAAACAGCUGUUAUCUUCCAACAACAGCUCCACCCAACCCCUAUAUAUAUCACCACCAUGCCACGAAUAUUUUUCAGGCUGCAAGCUCUGUAUCAAAGCAGGUUCGGCAAAGUUUUUUCUAUCGCUAUCGAGAGGUUAUUUUGCCGUUUCACUGCCUGAAAAACAGCGAUGGAAAUGAAGAAGAUUGCAUGCGCUAUCCUCUUCGCUGCUGCCUCCGUGAUUGCAGUGAUGGCUGAUGAGGUUGCUGCUCCUGCCCCAUCACCAGCAAGUGGUGCAUCAGCUAGCUUGCCAAUUGUUGGUUCAUUGGUUGGCGCCUCCCUUGCUUCAUUCAUUGCAUUGUACUUGCAGUAAAUUGUUCACACCUCAAACCAAUUAAAGAAGGAGAUGGGGAAUCAAGGAGCUUGAAGAGAGGAGAGUAAAAAGAUGUAUCAAGAUGUUCUAGCUUAAUUUAUUUUCUUAGAAUUUCUUUUUCCAUGCAAAGAAUUGCGGAGAAUUUCUCCUCUUUCUAAUUCGUUUGAUUCUCAUGUUAUCAAUUUUAUAGAAUUCAAUAAAAUAACCAACUUUUGGUGGAA